AUGCUGUACAUGAUCCUGCUCGCUCUAGGCCUUGCCGCGCUGUACCUGAUCCAUGUCAAUGCCGCAAUGAAACGGGUGCCUGAGGAGGCCCACCGAGCUUCACCCACGCGCUGGACCACCGAGGAAGUCAAGGCCACUUACGAGAGGAUCCUGAAGAACGACGUCGAUGUCGUCAACGAUUUGCCGCCGAAACAGUCGCGCCGAUACAUCGUUGUAGGUGGUUCAGGUCUCGUGGGUGCUUGGAUCGUCUCUCAUCUUCUCGCACGAGGUGAAGAUCCCGCUUCUCUGCGCAUUCUAGACCUCGCCGCACCCACCGCUGAAAUCCUGGAACGCGGUGUGGCAUACUUCAAGACCGAUAUCACCGACCAGUCUUCCGUUUCGGCGGCGUUCACGCAUCCGUGGCUGGCUCAAGUCGCCCAGAAGCCUCUCACGGUCUUUCACACUGCAGCCAUCAUCCGCCCCUAUGAGCGCCUCGAAAGAUAUCUGCCCCUGAGCGAGAAAGUCAACGUUCAUGGCGCCCGCAAUGUACUCCAAGCUGCGAAGGAAAGCAGUGCAAGCUGCUUCAUAUCCACCUCCUCUGGUUCUGUGAAUUUGCACAAGCCCAGCUUUUGGAUCACGCCGUGGGAAAGAGUUCCCAGGCGAGCGGUGCAAAUCUUGAGUGACCAAGCGCAGCUUCCGCAGCGUCACGACGAAUUCUUCAGCAACUAUGCUCGGACAAAACUUGAAACGGAACGCUUUGUAUGUGCGGCUGAUGACCAAACGAGCGGAUUCCGCACAGGCUGCAUUAGACCUGCAAAUGGAAUCUAUGGUGUCGGAAAUGAGACUAGCGGAACCGUCGUCGGACUAUACCUGCGCAGCGGUGGUAGCCCAACCUGGACCUCCAACAUCAUCCACAGCUUCAUCAACGCAGAAAACGUCUCGGUAGCCCAUCUCCUCUAUGAACAACGCCUCAUCGAGCAAUCCCAACCCUCCAGCACUCUGCCCAACAUUGGUGGCCAAUCCUUUGUGGUCACUGAUCCUAAUCCAGCGAUUUCUUUCGAAGAUAUCUACACUCUUCUCGUCAAUUUCUCCAAGACACCCGUGUCUUUCCCUCGCGUGGAACCCCUUCCGCUCUACAUCAUCGCCCACCUCGUCGAGGCGUACGUCUACAUCCAAGACGCAUGGCUCCCGUGGCUUCUACCCAAGAUCAAAGGUGAUUUAUUGCAGCUUCAACCGUCGCUGUUUGCCAUUUCGGAUGUCUUCUGCAUUGCGGAUGACUCUCGGGCCCGAAAGGCGCCGGCAGAUGGAGGCUUGGGGUAUCGGCCGACGAUGUCGACGUUGGAAGGGAUGUGUAAGGAGCUGGUCAAGUGGAACCAGAAGGCGACGGCAAAAACUGUCAGGGAUAUACAAGACAAGGUGGCAGAUGGACCUGUUGUGGUGGGGCCGGAGGGUAUUGAGGUAAAGCUUGUUGCGCCGGAGAAAAGCGUUUGA